GGGCGUCCAGACGAGAGCAUAUAAUCGACGUCGCGACGCCGCCGAGGCACAGACGCCGCUCCACCUCUGUCCCGUGCACGAGAGUUGAAAUCGAAAGAAAGCCACCAUGUGUGACGACGAAGUAGCUGCCCUGGUCGUAGACAAUGGCUCCGGUAUGUGCAAGGCCGGUUUCGCUGGAGACGACGCUCCUCGCGCCGUCUUCCCUUCGAUUGUUGGUCGACCCCGUCAUCAGGGUGUGAUGGUCGGUAUGGGUCAAAAAGACAGCUACGUGGGCGACGAGGCCCAGAGCAAAAGAGGUAUCCUCACUUUGAAAUAUCCGAUUGAGCACGGUAUCAUCACCAAUUGGGAUGACAUGGAGAAGAUCUGGCAUCAUACCUUCUAUAACGAAUUGCGUGUCGCUCCCGAGGAACACCCGGUCCUCCUUACCGAAGCACCUCUGAACCCGAAAGCUAACCGUGAAAAGAUGACGCAGAUUAUGUUUGAAACCUUCAACAGCCCGGCCAUGUACGUCGCCAUCCAGGCCGUCCUUUCCCUGUACGCCUCUGGUCGUACCACCGGUAUUGUCUUGGACUCCGGUGACGGUGUCUCUCACACCGUACCCAUCUAUGAAGGUUACGCUCUUCCUCAUGCCAUCCUCCGUUUGGACUUGGCCGGACGAGAUCUUACCGACUACCUCAUGAAGAUCCUCACUGAGAGAGGUUACAGCUUCACCACCACGGCUGAGCGAGAAAUCGUUCGCGACAUCAAGGAGAAGCUCUGCUAUGUCGCCCUGGACUUUGAACAGGAAAUGGCCACCGCUGCCGCCAGUACUUCUCUCGAGAAGAGCUACGAAUUGCCUGAUGGUCAAGUCAUCACCAUUGGUAACGAGAGGUUCCGUACUCCUGAGGCUCUCUUCCAGCCUUCCUUCCUGGGUAUGGAAUCUUGCGGUAUUCACGAGACCGUCUACAACUCCAUCAUGAAAUGCGACGUCGAUAUCCGUAAGGAUCUCUAUGCCAACAAUGUUCUUUCUGGUGGUACCACCAUGUACCCUGGUAUUGCUGACCGUAUGCAGAAGGAAAUCACCGCUCUCGCACCUUCGACCAUCAAGAUCAAAAUCAUUGCUCCACCCGAGAGGAAAUACUCCGUAUGGAUCGGCGGUUCCAUCCUGGCUUCCCUAUCUACCUUCCAACAGAUGUGGAUUUCCAAGCAAGAGUACGACGAGUCUGGCCCUGGCAUCGUUCACCGCAAGUGCUUCUAAACAAUUACGCUCGAUGCUAUUCAUUAUUAUUAUUGUUAUUAUUGCUACACCUUUCCCUAAGAUG